AUGGCUAAGACUCCUGAUAAUAAGAUCACAGACAUAGGUACUACUAAUGGGAAAAAGGAGAGCAAAGGUCGAAGAAGGGUUGAAAUCAAGAGAGUUGAAGACAAGAACAAGCGUCACGUGACCUUCUCCAAGCGCAAAAGGGGUCUCUUCAACAAAGCAGCGGAGCUCAGCGUUUUGACUGGUGCAGAGACGGCUGCGAUUGUCGUGUCAAGCAAUGGCAAGGUUUUCUGCUUCGGAAGCCCGUCACCUGACACCGUCAUCGAGCGCUACCUUAGUGACAAUACCUUCUUACUACCUGCAGGUCAAUCAGAUAAUCAUCUCCAAAACAACAACAUUCACCAUUCUAGUAAUAAGAAACAAAUAGAGGAUUAUGUGGAAGCUUCGAGACGCUUGAAGGAAGCGAAAGUAUUGAAGGGUGGGAAGAAAAAUAAUAGUAAUAAUAAUGGAGGAGAUGGAGGUUGUUCUUAUGGGUGGUGGGAGAGGCCGAUUGGGAUGAUGACUAGUUUGGAAGAGUUCGAAGAGUACAGGGAUGCUUUGUACAAGUUGAAACACAAUGUGGAGGUUCGAACCAAUCAAAUGAUCCGGGAAACUAGUCCUUCCACUCACUUUUCCCCGCUUUUGUUUAUGGAUGAUAUCUGGAAUUCUCCUGGAUUAAGCCAUGGUCAAGGGUUCAUGGCACCAGAAUUUAAUUUCUUCAUAUGAUAUCGAUGUAAAUAAGUAUGAUUGGAAUGGAGUUACUUAUCUUUUGUAAUCGUCAUGGCUUUUGAUGAAGGGUUUUAGCUGGAUAGGGUUGAUGACUGAACAGGUUAUAUAUAUGGUUAUCAUCAAGAAGUUUUUUUUUUUUUUCCGUCAAAAGAUAAAAUUUAUUUAUAUAUGGCUGCCAUCAACUAGUUUUAUGAUAUCAACGUAUAUAUAUUUGGUUUAUUGGUUCUUUAGUCAUAUGCAUGCUACUUGGUAUGAGGUUGGGGAUGUUUUAUGCAUGUUGUACUUCUUUUAUCUGGAAUUUAUCUGAAAAUUGAACAUAUAUAAAUGGAUCUACUUGCUUUUUGUAUUUUCUUUUCUUUUGUCCGUUUUAUAUGAUUGUUGAUUCUUGCAUACAACAGAUAUUUGUUGCUUAUUUCUUAGACUGAUAAUAGUUUUUAAUUUCGGUUUAGUUUUAAAAUUUUAGGUAUGAGAGAAAAAAAUUUGGAUUGCACUUCAACUCAUUGAAAGCAAAUCUCGUGGGCUUUUUAUGGUAAGAUUCAUGUACAAUCAUUUAGGAGAUCAUACACUGGGUAUGUGAGAUCAAAUCAUUUAGCUAUUAUAGGAAUAUAAGACCUGGUGACUUUAGGAAAAGAUUGCAGAACCCUAGAGUUUAAUAUUGCAUUUGAGAGCAAAAGUGAGUUUCAU